CCUGCGCUCUGCAGCCGGUGACCACCAGGCCACGCCGAUGCCAUUGCACGGAGCGGCUGCGGCUGCAACUGAUGCUGGACGGUCUAAGCCGUGUCCGUUAAGCGCCGAGAAGCUCAUGUCUCUACAGAAUGCAGAGUUUGAUGAGCAUAAACUGCCUGACUCCAAUAAGGCUGUUCCGCCGAGUAAGACGUCGCUUGCGGAGAAGUCGGAAUUAACAGGAAUAAGCAUUCCAGUUAAGAAGCUCAAACCACCCAAGAAAAGGAACUGCACCGUCUGCCAGGUGCAAGCGACCUGUGAGAAGAACUUACAGAUGCAUUAUGCUGGGCAGAAGCACUUGGCAAAUGUAGCAACACUGGGCCCAGGAACUAAGCCAAGUGAUCAGAAGGCGAAAGCACCAGUAGCAGAACCUUCUCUUGGCACAGAGCAGAAGAAAACACCCUCGAUAAAUUGGAGUUGCAGUACCUGCCACGCCCGCGGUACAUCCAAAUCGACAUUUGAUGCGCACCUCCAAGGCAAAAGACACCAGCAGAACAUAGCAGAAGCAUCCGUAAAAGGCGAUGGCGAUGGCAAUGGCAAUGGCGCACCGAAGAACGCCGCCGCGGCGGGGGAAGCAAAAUCGGAUGACGACACUAUGCCGAAGCGUUCGGAGAAGCCAUCACCGGCCUGGAGCUGUAGCAUUUGCCAAACUACAUGCACCUGCGAAACAGACUUGAAGAACCACCUGAGGGGCGCCAGACACCGAGAGAAGGUCCAGUCCCUGCUUGAAGAGAGCAAGAACAUGGCAAGGAAUCCUGAGACAAACUUGAAGAAAAACAAUGCACCACAAAUGGUCAAGAACCAAGGACCGCACCCGGCAUGGAACUGCACGAUGUGCCAGGCCAAAUGUUUCUCCAAAUCUCAGUUUGAGAAUCAUUGCAGUGGCAGCAGGCACCAACAGAAUAUCGAGGCGAUACUCGGCAAACGCGAGACCGCGAGAGCGAGCAGCUCGAGGACUGCAAAUGAACCAGCUUCGGACUGCAAGAACGCAAGCUCGGAGAAGGCGGAGAAGAAGGCGACGCUGUACUUCUGCGAGGUCUGCAAUUUGCUGUGUGGCAGCAGUGAGAUGCUGGUAAGCCAUCGUUAUGGGAAGAGGCACCGGGAAAAGCUCAGCACAAGGAAAUGAAGUGCGUUUUGUGGGUCUGCAAAGGAAUUGUGGCUUUUGUAGGGAAGGUUGCGAAGCACGACUUUGUGGGUUGGUUUUUGCUCGACUGCAUGGGUUACCUUUCAUAUGGUUAGCACUUCUUUUAAACUCGCAGAAGUACCGUCUCUCUUUUGAACUCGGGAGUAUAAGCUAUGCGUGUAUUUCUAGACCAUCAACUUUACGGACCAAAUGGCAAACGUUCGCUAGGGAGGAUGGCAUUUGCGAAUGUUCGAUGACAUUUUUAGUUGUGAGGCAGUGGG